AUGAGUAAAAGUGACGACGAGAUAUACGCUGAUAACCUGUCAAAUGUUAGUGCGCCAGAAUCAAAUGACAGCGAAGAUUCAGACAGUGGAAACGAAAUUCUUAUUAGAAAACUGAAAAACUUGAUGAGGCCAGUAAGAGAUUCCGAUGAGGAGGAUAGUAGUACUUCCGACGAAGAGGAAAUGGAAUGGACCCGAACAAAAGGCACCGGUAAUAUGCAAAACUGUAAGGAACAAGGAGUGCAAAUAUCGCUUGAUGAAUGGAGCAUACAGUCAACUGUAGACCUUUUCUUUGGUGAAGAUUUAAUAAAAUUAUUCGUAACUGAAACGAAUCUAUAUCACGAACGACAACAAAUUGAUGUCGAAGAAAGUAAAGAUAGGAAACAGACGGAUACAGACGCAGAGGAAAUGAAAAAAUUUCUCGCUUUAAUAGUUCUGAUGGGAUUAGUAAAAAAGAUGAAUACAAUUUAUUAG